AUGGCGGGGCGCGGCGGACCCGGCCGUCGUGGGCUGCCCGGGCUGGCGGCCGGCCCGGCGGGCAUGUCGCCGGUCACCACGCUGGCGCUGGACAUGGACAACCUGGCGGGGCUGGGCAGCACCCACCCCCCCCUCCAGGCUUACCUGCUGCAGACGGUGGAGGGGAAGCACCAGGACCUGAAGUACAUUUCCCCCGAAAUGAUGGUGGCGGUGCUGACGGGGCAGUUCAGCAGCUUCAUCGAUAGCUGCGUGAUCGUGGACUGCAGGUACCCCUACGAGUACGAGGGAGGCCACAUCAAGGGCGCCAUCAACCUGCCGAUGGAGCAGGACGUGGAGGAGUUCCUGCUGAAGAAGCCCAUCGUGCCCUUCGACGCCAGCAAGAGGGUGAUCGUCAUCUUCCACUGCGAGUUCUCCUCCGAGAGGGGGCCCAGGAUGUGCCGGUUCGUUAGGGAGAAGGACCGAGCCUGUAACGAGUACCCCCACCUCCACUACCCCGAGCUCUACGUCUUGAAGGGGGGGUACCGGGAGUUCUUCCCCCAGUACCAGACGCACUGCGAGCCCCAGGACUACCGCCCCAUGCACCACAAGGACUUCAAGGAGGACCUGCGCAAGUUCCGCCUGAAGAGCCGCACCUGGGCGGGUGAACGCAGCAAGCGAGAGCUCUACAGCCGCCUCAAGAACUUCUGAUGGC